AAGUGGGUAGUCUCAGAUGAAGGAAUAAACCGCGUCAUUACAUGGUCGACAAAAUGAGUUUACUUUGAAAUAUCUGACCGGAAGUACGUUAUGCAUGAGUUGUGACGUUUUUUUCAAAGGCCAGGGGGUGGGGGACCCCUUUGACUGGCGGUUCCCCGACGAGACCAUCACCACUGCAAAACCACUUGCUCACAGAGAAAUGGCAAUUUGGUAAUGUGGACUGUUUGUUCCGGAAUCCCUCGAUGCCAUUGCCGCCUCGCCGUGCCUUUGUGAGUGCCACCGCCGGUCCAAGAUCCACUACGACGACCAUGGCCUCGCCGCGCCCCCCCCGCUGCACAUCUGGCAGAGCGGCCUGGGUGGUGGUCGUCGUACUGCUCAUAUCGGCGACCACCGUGGUGGGCUCCCAGGGCGACAAAGACUCGGUGUACCGGGACUGUGUGAGUCAGUGUGUCCAAAGCAACUGCACCGGAGUUCGGUUACGGUGGUACCAGGCAGUCCAGCCGCAGUACAUGGCGCUGACAGGUUGGACUUGUCGAGAUGACUGUCGCUAUGAGUGCAUGUGGACCACCGUGGGUCUUUACCAGGCUGGAGGCUACGAGGUCCCGCAGUUCCACGGCAAGUGGCCGUUUACACGCUUCCUGUGCUUCGAGGAGCCGGCGUCCGCCCUCGCCUCUCUCCUGAACGGCCUGGCGUGCCUUCUCAUGCUGCUGCGCUACCGGAGCACCGUGCCACGGCAGAGCCCCAUGUUCCACACCAUCAACGCCUUCUCUCUGGUGUCGCUCAACGCCUGGUUCUGGUCCACGGUGUUCCACACACGCGACACCUUCCUCACUGAGAAAAUGGACUAUUUCUGUGCUACUGCAGUCAUUCUCUACUCCAUUUACUUGUGCUGUGUCAGAACGUUGGGGCUGAAGCACCCGUGGGUGUCCAGCAUCAUGGGGGUGGUGCUCAUCUUGGCGUUCACCUCACACAUUUCCUACUUGACCUUUGUCCGUUUCGACUAUGGCUACAACAUGGCCGCCAACACCUUCUUUGGCAUGGUGAACCUGCUGUGGUGGCUGUGCUGGUGCUGGAGCAACCGGCGGACGCUGCCGUACUGGUGGAAGUGUGGCCUGGUGGUUGUGCUGCUUCACGGCCUGGCCCUACUGGAGCUGCUGGACUUCCCGCCUUAUCGGUGGGUCCUGGACGCGCAUGCCAUUUGGCACCUGAGCACCAUCCCCGUGCACUUCCUUUUCUACAGUUUCCUGAUCGACGACAGCCUCUACCUGCUCAACACCGAGAAGCUAGGCGUCAAGUUCGAGUAGGGCCGGAGUCCCGUCGUCCGACGGCGCCGCCUCUCUCCAAUUGUGGCCGCCGAACCCCUCCACGUAGAAGUAGAGCCGUCUCCCUCGUGUCCUGCAUGACACCUUCCAUCGAUGACCACUGGUUUACAUUGUUUUAUUAUUUUUAUUUAUUUGCCAUGUGGAAAAACAGGGUGAACGAGAACGUAUUGUUUUCUCCAAUAUUGAAUUCUCAGCCCGACUCGGCAUAAAUGCAGUUCACGCUUCCCUUCGAUAGGUGGCGCCAGAAAUCCCCCGUGCAAAAAGUGGCAGCUUCGUCACCCCUGUUGAGUAGAUUAUUCGAGAAAGAAUGGGACGAGGGUUUGUUUGAACGACCUUUUUGCUGACUGAGAUAUUUCUCUUUUAUUUCGUGCCUCUGUUGUCUCCUUUGCUGCUUUCGAUCUUUUUUUAAUCCAUCACCCACUCUCUCAAUUAUUUUCUUAUUAUUUUAUGGUGCUUUAAUUUGUUUAUCGAGUGCGAUGUGAUCGACCAUCAUGAAAUUUAAUAUUUUAUUCACCUGGAUUGCCUUUUUAGCGUGAAGACAAAUUUUGAAAGGAAUAAGAAGCAUUUCUAGAAGAGUGUUCUAUAUUAAAAGAGGAAUUUUGAUGGCUUUUGUAUGGAUUUCAUUGCUGCAGUAUUCCCUUAGAAUGCCCCCCCCCCCCCCGCCAAAAUGUCCCCAUGUGUAAACUAGGGCUGAACAAUUUGAAAAUGAAUCAAAUUGAAUUUUUUUUCUUUUUCAAUUCAACUUUGAUUAAUUGUUCAGCCCUAGUAAUUGCAUUCUGGUGUCAUCACUGCCUCAUACUUACAUGUGACUGAUCACAUUUCCCUUCCCCACUUUGCAUAUGUGCACUUUAGGGAUGCACCCGUGCGUUGCGUUUGGAAUUCGCCUCAUGCCUUUCUGUUUGCGACGGGACAAUGAAUGCAGUGGAAUACAAUAGUCCUGCACCAUGUGUUUUGUUUCAUAGAAUUCUUCAGCUAGUUGUUUGUGAGCAUUUCACGACACAAGAGUUCACGUGCACUUAAUAAAUUGGCGAGUGACUAUGGGCUUGAGUGUGUGAUGGGAUAAAUGUAGUGAUGGUAUGAACAUAGUAGACACUACGAUAUAAGAACUUAAAUGUAUGUUUCAUAAUCACUUCAAUAUUCAAAAUCAAUUUUACAACAAGAAGCUGUAUGAACAUAAUUUAUUUCAAAGAGAUAAAAAAAUGUUCAGUGC